ACUUCUCGCGCAGCGUCCAGCGCAGGCUGAGAUCAGACCGUGUGGCGCUGGGCUGCUGUGUCUCUCAUCCUUGGGCCGCUCGUUAUCCGGCUUCGAUUCGCCCUAGAACAAAUGCAGCUCCGGACCUAUGACUUUAUUCUUCUUUCGUUUGGUUUGACGUACCGAACUAACGCAGGAGGGGAUAUUAAGGGAUGACCGGCUAUCUUCUCAGGAGUGCCCGCGGUCUGUCGCGCUCACGGCGAACCAGCGAACUGUCAUCUUCCGUUCCUUCCGUGAUGUUUUGACAUAUCGAUGUGUCGUUUGAAUGUGCAACAGGCUCCCGCCAGAUAUUCACGCGGUUUAUGGAGACGAUGGGGGACCAAAGGGAGGACGUGUCCUAGUGCUCCACAUAUUUUUGCUCGUGGUUACAAUAUAACCGUUUAUUAAUGUUGUUCGCUUACGACCACGACACUUUGAAUGGUGCUCUUUGACAUACACGCAACUGGACAGCACUUCAGUUCGGCGAGGUCGUUUUCUGUAGAGGUUUGUGUCAGAGUAUAAGGGAAUUUAAAAUGGCAUCGCAAGUAACGGGGAGGAAAAGAAUUCCCAACCGAGAGAAACUAUCGGCGGAGGAUGAUGCUCUCAGUCAAAUAGCUCGCGAGGCAGAGGCAAGGCUGGCAGCUAAACGGGCAGCCCGGGCAGAAGCUCGAGAAAUCCGUAUGAAGGAAUUGGAGAGGCAACAGAAAGAGAUAUAUCAAGCGCAAAAGAAAUACUAUGGGCUGGACAGCAAGUGGGGCCAUAUUGAACAGUGGAUGGAGGACAGUGAGCGGUAUUCCCGCCACUCUCGGAGGCACACCUCGAUAUCAGACGAUGAGGAGCGGAUGUCAGUUGGGAGUCGGGGCAGUCUGAGGGGCAACCACGCAGAUCUCUGCAGCAGCACCAGCAGUCUGCCUUCAGCCAGACUACAAAAUGGACGGCCCUCUGUGCUUUUUAGUGAAACCCCCCGUUCGAGAAGUCACAGGGGGUCACUGCAUGAAGAGAGUUCAUACUCUGCCACUAGACGUUUCAGUGGCUCCAGCGCUAGAGGCCCUUCAGACUACAAUGGCUUUCUGGGCUCAAGUUCCAGAGCCUCUUCUAGGGCGAGUUCAGCCCGUGCCAGUCCAGUGGUGGAGGAAAGGUCAGAUUUCCUGGAAAAGGGGUCCAGGACAGCCUCCACCCUCUCUGCUGCAACUCUAGCAUCCCUGGGUGGAGGUUUAUCACGAAGAGGAAGCUGUGAUACCUCCAUUUCAGCGGACACCGAGGCCUCCAUACGGGAAAUGAAGGACUCCCUGGUGGAGGUGGAGGAGAAAUACCGUAAGGCAAUGGUGUCCAAUGCUCAGCUGGACAAUGAGAAAACAAACCUGAUGUAUCAGGUGGACACACUGAGAGACACCCUGAUGGAGCUGGAGGAACUUCUGUGUGAGACACGCAGAGAUUGUGAGGAGAAGGCCAGAGACUUCGAGCGAGAGCAUCGGGCCCACGACGUCAUGAAGUUCCAGUUUGAGGAGAUGAAGGAAACCCUGAAGCAGAGUGAGGAGCUGCUGACGGAAGCCAAACAGUCUCACGGAAAGCAGGCGGACUAUGUUAGAGAGAUCGCUGACCUGCAAGAAACGUUGGAAUGGAAAGAUAAAAAGAUCCUGGCCUUAGAGAGGCAGAAGGAAUAUUCAGACAUUAUCCAUGAUGAACGGGAGACACUCAGGGACGAGGUUUGCCGGCUUAGGGAUGCUCUAAAGAAACAUGGCAUCAUGCUGGGAUCUGAUGCGACGGCCAAUGGGGAGUUAGCAGACAGGACGAUUGAUGUGCGUGCCGAGGCGGAAAAAGCCUGCCGACUGAGUCAAGACUCUCACACGGCCACUGUGACCGGAGACAGCAUGCUAGAGAUCAGAUUGAGGAAGCUGGUGGAAGAGAGAGAGAGUUUGCUCGACCAGGUGCGGAAAUAUAAAGCCAUUGCAGAGCAGAAACAAAAGAAUGGGACAGAAGAAACAGGAAGCACAGAUGAAGACGACCUACAGAAUGGUCUGGACCCCCAUAUUUUAGAUCUGCAGAGAGAUGCUAAUAGGCAGAUAAGUGACCUGAAAUUCAAGCUGGUCAAGUCUGAGCAAGAAGUCACAGCACUUGAACAAAACAUCAUUCGCCUGGAGGGUCAGGUGAGCCGCUAUAAGACGUCAGCUGAGGCUGCGGAGAAAGUGGAAGAUGAAUUAAAAGUGGAGAAACGCAAGUUGCAGAGAGAGCUGAGGUCCGCGCUUGACCGCAUCGAUGAGCUGGAAGCAAGCAACAGCCACCUUACGAAGAGACUGGAGAAGAUGAAGGCCAACCGGAGCGCUCUUCUGGCACAGCAGUGACCAUCACCCACUGGCACCAAUAUUACACUAAAACUAUCAAGAUCGUACCAAACUAGCCCAAUCAUAAUCACGCUAACUCAGACUUUAAAAAGUACAGGCACGAACGUCAACCUUCAUUUGUUUGCUAGCGGGAUUCCAAGCGGAGGACAUAUCAAAAAACUAAUUCUUACUGAGGCUCAUUCGGUUUGAAUUAGCAGAAUUCAGGCCCUCGGUGAGCUCUCGAAAUGUGUUUUUCUGUGUCAACUCAGCACAGGCUGGGCACAGUAACAGUAAAGCAGUGGUGAGGGGAACUUUCAUUAAUCUUAGACCAUGCACUUUAUCCCUGCAUCAGUAUUCAAGUUUUGUUACGCGGAAACAUAUCUGUAUCAAAAUUAGGUGACUAUGAUUGAAUGUAUGUUCUCAUGCGGAGACACUUGUGUGCGCUCUUGGAUUUUUUUGCGCAUAUGGGGAAUAGUUGAAGCUAUCAACGACUUAUUGCUAUAAUGUCCGUUUUGUUUCACGCCGAAUUCGUGUGUGUGUGAGCGCGUGCGUUUUCGCAUCGGUCCAUACCUAAAUAAAGUGGACGAAUACUUCAUAAUGUUGCCGACGUUCUGUCAACAUCCCGAAUAACUAGAUUAGGACUACAAAAAAAAAAUAAGGCAAUAACGGUUAUUAUAAUUUUUACGGAGCGUAUUUGGGUAUAAGCCAGGCUUUGAAGGAUUUGAAUCAUUGUGAGCGAAUGUUCUCGGUGGCUGCACUUAUUUUUCUUGUUUGCUUUAUGAAAGCGCUCAACUUUUCUUCUUUUUUUUCUUCUCACAUGUCCAGUGGGCCAAAUGAUGAAAAUACUUGUGUUUUGUUAAACAUGCAGGUUUACUUCCCUUGUAUAAAACCCUACGCUAGUCCUGGUCGUUGUAUUACGGUUAGUAGAGUUAGACAGACUGAGCACAGCUGAUCAUCGAUACUGUUUCCUGUCCAGUUUAAUCUCAGAUCACGGUGCAGCUGUAUCAUCUGAGGGCUAAAUGGACAUUUGAGAUGUCACCAGCCUUUAAUGAUGCAAUCUGUAAUCUGAGUCUUGCUUUUGAAAACAUGCCGAGUCCACACAAUAAAUGAGAUAGCAGCUCUUUCUUUUCUUUUUUUUUUUUUUUAAAGCUGAUCGUUGUAGCACUUUCACUAAUGCCAUUUAACUCCUUUUAAGUGUAACAGUAAUCUCGAUGCGUUUGGGGUUCAUACAAACGAACGUGGCUUUUUUUUAUUAAAAAGAAAAAAAGGAAUUGUUUCGCAGUAACGCUUUUUAAGUGUGUAUCUACACAGAAACGUUCAGAUGCGCAUCGUUAUGAAAACAGCUAUAAUAAGGACUGUCAGGAUGCUGUGUCUGGCGAGGAGAUGAGUCUGUUUUGCUGAUUGUGACUUUGACUUGUAUCCCUUCCCUGGGUUCUGCUACCAUUGGAGACAAUGCACCACCUCGUUUACAGCCAGCGAACGUGAACAUGCUGUCUCUAAAUAAACGACUUUGGAAAUAGCAGACGCACACCAAAUACAUUGUUUACCUGUAUAACAACUCUUCUGUAUGACAUGGCAUAGCAAGAAAUAAACUCAUGCAAUAACUUCA